AUGUUUUUGGUCAAUUAUCGUAAGCCAAUGAUGUCCUGCCCUGAUGAUGUCCGUCCUGUGACGGAAGAAAGCUCAGCAAGGAUUCAUCUGGGUCGCAGGGCGGCGCGACGAGGACCUAUUCGCGUAAAUCUACAAUUACAGCUCCAAGGCAACCCACCAAAGCCUCCGGUGGAACCAACUUACGAAUACCUUCCACUCGCCUCUCCAAACGAAAUGAAAGGUACUCCACCAUAA